AUGGUGCUUACUCCAGAUUUUUGUUGGGCGCAACGCAAAGACAAGGUAUUCGUCACCGUGAAGGUUCCAAACGUGCAGAAAGACACUGCUGUCCUGAAGGUCACCCCCGAAGGACAGGUGUACUUUAAGGGAACCGGCGGUGAGAUUGGGCACGAACGGGAGUAUGAGCUCGACAUUCGGUUGCUUCACGGAAUCAAGGCGGAGGAAGCACAGCACGGCAUCCAAGCGAGGCAAGUGUACUUUGUGUUGCCUAAAGCGGAGGCCGGUGAAUGGUGGCCACGACUCCUUCACGAUCCGGGCCGAAAUGUACACCUGUCCGUGGACUGGAACCUCUGGGUCGACGAGGACGAGGAUGAUCAGUUUGAUUUCGGUAGUCACUUUGGAUCGCGUGAUAUGGCCGACCUGGACUUUGGAAUGGGUGACGACGACGACCUUGGUGACGACGAGGACGACGACGACGACGACGAAGGCGUUGAUGGCGAGGGCGGCCUCGGCGACACGGAAGAAAAGGAGGACGCCCAGGAAGCCGCGGCGGACGUGACGCCGACGUUGUCUGAGAACCACAUGCACCGCGAUCAGGAGGCAGAUGAGAAUGACGUUGUUAAGAGCGAGCCAGGUACCGUGACUGAGGCUGCCAAGGAUCUGGGUAAAAAUGCCGAGUCCGUACAGGCAGCGUCAACCGAGGGGCCUGCGUCAGUGUUUUCCUCUUGA